AUGCAAAUUUCUACAAAAUAUGGGUAAUUAUUCAUCCUUACAAAGUUCGGAUUUCUUCAAAUAUACGAAUUAACCACCAACUAAUUAAUCUAUUCGAAUAAAAUAACUGAGUCAUCUAUUUUCAUCGGAUAAUAAGACUCGAAAGAAGACGGAGUGUACUCAAUAAGUAGAAACGGUAGUGUUUAAUUAAUCUAAAUUGACUAAAAUUCCUUCCUAAAUUACCUUAUGAAUAAUUGCUAAUAAAUCCCAAAUGUAGUCUAGUUGGCUUUUAAAUUAGCUGGAAGAUAUAGACUUCCUGGAGUGGACGGUAUGUUUACCGAAUAAUUCAAUAAAUUUUUAAUGUCUGGAGAUUAUGCAAAAGCUGCCUAAAUAGCAGCCAGUGCACCUGGUGAGUUGUUGAGAAAUGCUUAGACUAUUUCUAAAUUUAAAACCUUUUAAGGAACUCCUUCACCUCUUUUAAUUUAUUUCUAAUCUUUAUUAUAAAAAGGAGGCUUGAAUGCUCUUGAAUCAGUUGAAUUGUGUAAUCUAGUGCUUUCUUAGGGAAGGAAAUAAUUCGUAGAAGCCUGGUUGAAGGAAAAUAAGCUAGAAUGUACAGAAUAAUUGGGAGAUUUAGUCUCCUAACAUGAUUAAAAUUCUGCUCUAGAAAUAUAUAAAAGAGCCAAUGCAGGACCUAAAGUAUUAUAGACUUUAGUAGCUUUAGGAAGAUAGGAUGAAGCGAAUAAAUACGCAUAAUAAUCUGGUAUAAAUGUCGAUUAUAUGUCUAUGAUAAAGUCUUGUGUAUUCACAAAUCCUGUAAACGCAGUCUAAAUGGCUAAAACUAUGUUUGCUUAAAAUAAUGGAAAUAAUAUACAUGCAGUAGCCGAAUUAUUCGUCUAGGCUUAAAAAUUCAAAGAAUUAAGUGCUUUAUUAGUUGAUUGUAUGAAACAAAAUAAACCAGAAGAUGGACCUUGGUAAACUAAGAUUUUAGAAUGGAAUAUUAUUAAUGAACCUAAUAUUGUGGAGCCUAUAUUUUAAUUAACUAAAUGGAAUUAGUAUAAUAGAUUAAGAAUUGCUUAAUUAUGUGAAUAAAAGUAACUUUUUUAGAAGGCUUUGGAAAAUUAUUCAGAUAUAAAAGAUAUUAAGAGGGUUUGUUUGAAUACUUAGUUUAUUCCUCAUCCUUAUCUUGUUUCUUUCUUUGGAAAUCUAUAACCAGAUUGGGCUUUGACUUGUAUAUAUAGCAGUUAAAAAUGCAUAAAGAUUCAAUAUUUUGCCUUGUAUAAAAACUUUUGA